AUGACAUCUGCCGUUCCCUAUGAGCCUGAUGAUUUCGACAACAAUCCGUUUGCCGAGAGCAGUGUGAUAUUCCAGCCUCCAGAACAGGGCUCGUCGGAGCCGGAAGAACCUCAGGAACAAAGCUCAACGCUCUCAGGAAAUGAAGAGGCCUCUCAGUCGCAGCAGCCACGAGAACUCGAUUCACCUUUCAAUCACAAACCAACAGACGAAGACCUUAAACGGUAUCUUCCUGAGCGAUUGAACAAGAGUUCGUUCCAGCUAGCCAUCAAGGUGGUGGAGAUUGGCAACAGGGGGUCAGAGAUGGCAAAAAACCCUGUUUUCGUUCUUGCUGCUUCUGUCCAAAAUAUCCCCGGGUUCAGGAAAUCAACCUACAAAGACGUCAGACGGUCUUACAAAGAGCUGGAGGCACUCUACCGGUAUCUGAUUUAUAAUAAUAUCGAGGUGUUUGUGCCUGCGUUUCCUGUUAUUCCAACAAUCUACAAUGUUGGGUCUCCGGAAUUCGUUUCUACUCUGCACAAGUCUGUCCAGGUGUGGUUCAACAGAGUGUGUUCGAACCCGAUUUUGAUCAGAAACCAAGAGUUCACCUUGUUUUUGGACCAGAACGACUUUAGUUAUACCCCGUCGAAAACAAAGCCAAACAGCAGUUCUGUGAUGGCUACCGGGUUCAAACGCCGCACAUUGAAGCAAUUCCAACCUCCUUACGACGCCUCGCAGGAAUUGGCUUCUUACCGUCCAAUGAUCAAGAGUAUCUAUCUUGCUAGUCAGAAAAUAGUGGAGAAACUGGACAAGCUGCUUCGAUUACAGAAAUCGUCUUGCAAUGUCAACGCAGACUUCUACAACAAACUUGCUGGGUUCCAGGAGCUUGAGGAGAGCUCGGAAAUGUCCAAGAUGUGGGUCAAACUCAACAAAGUGCUGCAGUUGUACAAUGAAAUGGACUUAGUGGAAGGAGUGGGUCUAUCUGCAAAUCUAACAGAUCUGUUCCAACUGUUGACCGACGACUGCUACAAUAUCAAAGAAUCGCUCACCAACCGCCAUCUUUUGAUGCGCGAACUUCUGAACGCCGAAGAUAACACCAAGAAACGCCAUUCGACCAUCGCCAGACUAAAGACCAAAUCUAUCAUCGAUCCUGUGAAAGUCGACGAGGCUAUUCGCGCUCUCGAACUGGCCAGCAACUACGAGAAGGAGCUCAAGUAUCAGGUUAAGAGAACGACCUACGAGAUGCUGCUAGAGGCUGACGAGUUCUUGGUGUAUCUGACUGGUGUUGCCAGAAAAACUUUCAAAAUGAUAGCUCAGCAACAGAUCCAACAGCAGCGAAAGAAGCUGCAUCUGCUGGAUACUAACAAGCUGAUCCACCCAACAGAGUCAUUGAGCAGACUGGGCCGAGAAUCGAUGGUGCAGAACUCGAAAAACGAGUCUGGCUCAAGAGACUCCUCGGACCCGUGGAACUCGCGCCCUAAAAAGAAGUUCGAGACCGAGAUCGCCGAACCGCUAUCUGCCGACUCCUCGUUGAAGGACGAUACGAACGAUCAACUGGCCAGGGUCGAUGCCAAGAGCGCAGCUAGUUUGCUUGCCAACUCGUCCUUUUAG